UUCACACUUCAUUCAAACCUAUCUCAUCAUUUCACGUCAUAUCAAAACCUUCCUGCUGAGUGGUCAUACGGACGACCAAAGACCAAGAUGGCUCCUCUGAAGCUAAAGCUCAAUACGUCGGGCACGACUCCUACAGGUGCAGGCUCACCUGGAAGCGUCGCGCAGACACCAGGCAGUGCACCACUCAAGAUCACCUUCAAACAGCCAGGGGCGCCGGCCUCAGCAACAGCUGCCUCGGCAGGUAACACCGCUCUGACAGACUCUGUAGCUCCAAAGCAAAAGAGAAAGUAUACAAAACGAACAAAAGACACGGACGGUACGCCUACGGCAAAGUCGAAGAAACGUGCUCACGAUGGCGACGAGGCCGCAAAUCCAAAGCGGGCGAAGACUAAAGGACCGAGCAUAAUUAUACCACCCUCACCAGCUACCGGUGUUGGGCCGGGCACACUUUCACGGACACCCUCAAUAUCACUCAAAUUAAAGCCCAAGCGGCAAGAGACACAACCAAAAAUGUUGGUCAUUAAAGCCAAGGGACAAAAACCGGAGAGGCCUCUUGGAGUGGGCUAUGACAGUGAAGCUGAAGAUGCGGAAGAUGAUCCUGCGAUCGAGUCACAACUCAUCUUGCGUAUGGAGCCUGGAAAGGACUGCGAUCUCUUGCGCAAGGCGAUAGAGGAAAGGACAAUUGGAGAAGGCUUUCAUGUGGCGUUCAAAUUCUGGGAUAAGGAAGGGAGACGUGUGAGCGUGCGGAUAAGAAACAACUACUACGCUGCUAUCCUCGUAGACCUACCGUGUAUCAUCGAAGGCACAAAAAGCUGGGACAAAAAAGGCUGGUACAAAAGUGCUGAUAUCAGUCAAAUGCUCUUAGUCCUCGGACCCGCAAAAGACGACAAAGAAGUUCAAAACUACAAAUUACCCCCGGAGAUUCAAAGGGUCUACGACUCAGAUACUCAAGGUCUAUACCAGUAUCCCCAUGGCCUCACACCUCCGAUGCAUUACGUCCGUAAAAGGCGCUUUCGCAAGCGUGUGAGUUACCGCACCAUUGUAGCCGUCGAAGAGGAAGUCGAGCGACUCAUUCAGGCAGAUGAGGCCGCACGUGCCAGUGGCGGCACAACCGACUAUGAGUCAAUUGACCCCGAUGAAAAAGCCCAGGAUUCCGGUCCCGACGCCGACGAAGAUGCCAACGGCGACAUGGACAUGGAAGCUGAUGAAGAGAUGGGUGGUGAAGCUUAUGGAGAGGUUGUUGGAAUGGCUGAUGUUGACGCGGAAGCGGAUGACGAUGACGACGAUAUGAUGGAGCAGAUGAUGAACGAACUGGGCAACGACGACGACCAAGAAGAGCCAAUCACGGCCGUAUCGGCGAAUGAAGCUGCAUUGCACGCACUGGGCGACUCAUCUAACAUCGCUCUUCCGACAACUGAAACUCCUGGCGACUCCGCAGGUACCCCUGGUGGCACCGAUGGGACCGACCAAGAUGACGACGAUGACGACGACGAUGAUGAUGACGGAGCCGCUGAGAAUGAAGAGGUGGAUGAAGAUGAACUGGCGAGGCAGCAAGAACAGGCUCAGCUCAUGGAGGAAGUCGCCGAUUUGGAGAAGGAAGUCGAGAUUGCCAACAGCCAGCAUGAGCAACAGAAGAAUCCUUUGCUCAGGAAGAGGGCUGCUCAGAAACUCUUGAGCUUGAAACAGGAUCUAGCUGUGAAGAAGAAAGCGUUGAGAGGCACAAGCGAAGACGAGUGAUCUUUAACGGAAGUAAGACCAAAAGCUCGCGAGGGUCAAGAUGCUUGAGAGGGCUGUUUAAAUGGAGAUAAUAUUUCAAUGCAAAGAUUGCAUAGAGUUAGAGAGAUAUUGUACCGCCAGUGAGCGGCUAUUGUUGCAAUUCCUUUGCAUCUUGCUGUCCCGUCACUCACUUCGUCGCUGUUUCUGAUAUGAUUUUACAUUUUGACAAGCAUUCGCACUAUGCUCACAACUUCUCAGUACAGGUCCCUGGCUCGCCCACCACGUUCAAAAACGCUUGAUGAACAUGCUCCGUCAAGUCUCCAGCCUGUAGACUUCUCCCCUUCUCUUUGAAAGCCAGCCGCGAGCACUCCCGCGUAAUCGCGCUUCCCCCGUACGCCGCCAGCGCCAACGUCUCCAAUCUCUCCAUCUCUCCACCAUUGUCCCACAGUCCUUCAUGAUAAGCACUCCGG